AUGAACGUCCUACAAUACAGCCCUGAGCAAAGCGGAAUUGGUCAAUUCACCAACGAAUACCAGUACCAGGAGCAAACGUGAGUUCUCCAGUUUUUGAACUUUCCCUUUCUUGGAAUCCAACAUUAUCAUGAUAAUUUGAUAUUAGAAGCGUGUAAUUUGAAUCCGCUGCUGUUUUCUCGUGUUCUCUUCUGCAUGCGUAGGUGGUCAGUCUCGUUUUUUCGAACAAACCUCACAGAAAAGUAUCCUCCCCCUUCUCCGCUGCUCUUUUAAAGCGCUCUUUGCUGAGUGAUGUGUGUUAUUUUGAAAGUUUCCGAAUCGAUAAAACAAUACGUUUUUUGUCGAAACGAAAAGGAGUUGCAUGUCAUAGAUUCUCAUAGUUUAUUUCUCGUCCAAUGCAAAUGUUCCACAAUGAUAUAAAACGUGGAGGCGCUCUCUUUCUCGCUCGUUCUGUCGGCCGGUGCAAACGAUGCUUUAUUGCAGUUCGCCCUCGAACAGCACAUCCUCGUCGGACGGCUCGGAACCGCAGCAAGGCCUCGCCGACCUCGUCGAUUCGCCCAUUUUCAUGAGUAACUGGACGGGCGUUGGCGAGUUUCCUGACAUUGGAGAGGAUAUCAAAAACGUCCUGGAACCGAUCGCGAGUCCGGAAGAUGUCAAAGAGGUGAGUCAUCCGUUUGCCAUGAACCCGUUGAUCGGACAGAGAGCGUCACUGCAAGUUUUAACUCAGCCUGUUCAAAUAAAUGUUCUGCCCCUUCGCCGUUUUGCCCGGUGAUCACUAUGUACAAACGGAUGAAAGAAUGAAGUGCUCUGUCGGACUCUACCUCAAAAAAUCAACUGUUGUAAAAGAAAAGAUGCAACAGAGUUUAUUUUCAGGUUGUUGCCUUCCAUCACUUGCCGCGCAAUGUUUGCCCGACGAUUUGUGCUGUUUGCGGAGACAGAGCCACUGGAUAUCACUACGAGGUACAGCAGAGAAUAGAGAACCGACCGCCAGCAAGAAAAGAGCAAAAAAAAGUCGGGUGCUUGGGGUUGUCUGCGCGGGUAUUCACACAUCACUGUGUCGCUGAUCAUCUGGCCUGUCCUCUCUUUCCCCGUUCCAAGUACUUCCGAUCAAUUUUGGGAUUUAGGUGCCGUCGUGCAAUGGCUGCAAAACAUUCUUCCGUCGAACCGUCCUCUCGCAACGGAAAUACGACUGCAUGCGUGGCGGAAAAUGCUUCAACGUGCUGCCAAAAGGUAUGAUGACCCGGCAGACGACUCGUAAAUCAGAACAAACAAAUGUUCAUGAAUUGUGACCGACGCAAAUGGCCGAUAAGUAAUUACGCAAUUCCGGUCCGAAUUAGUUCAACCCGAAAGCGCUGAUAACGGUGCAACGAACCAAAAAGAAGCUUUUAAAGUGACUAAAAAGCGCUAUCACAUGCUUCGUACGCAAACAAAACUUGAAACUUUGCACAACGUCAUAUUGUCCCAUGUUUUCUCAUUUUCGAAAACCACCCACCUCUGGCCGAGUUUGUUCUUGAUCAUUGCCAGACCGGAGGGCGAGGGGGACUUUCUUUGGAUUUGACCUCCGCACUGCGAAUGAGAUCCAUUCAUCUUUCCUCCUAGCCGUCAACCUUUGAAAGGUAAAUAGCACUUUUCGGUCAAACCUCAUCACACAAAGCCUUCUUCUACUGGGGGCUUGUUUAUAUCGGAAAUCCCGUUCUCCCAUAGUUGCGAUCGUGAAAACCAUUAUUAAACGGCCAUUUGUUUCCACGAAAGACGGAUUACAAUAGGAUUUAUGCGCGACACGACAGCGUGUCGCGAUAAUAACUUUUUGUUGUUGCAGAAAAGCGAUGCUCUUGUCGAUGCUGUCGAUUCCAAAAGUGUGUGGAGGUCGGGAUGAACCCAUUUGGUAACAACAUCUGACUCAUUUCCUUUAUCCAUUUUUGGCAUUGCAGCUAUUCAAACGAAUGAUUCACUCUGCGCAAAUGCCGUUGUGUCGAAAAUUGUGGGAAAACGAAAAAAUUCAGACGACGACUCGAUUCCAUCUACAUCCAAGGUAAGAGAAAGAGAGAGAGAGAGAGAGAGAGAGAGAGAGGAAGAAGGCUAUCGGAUUUCAAAAAACUCGGGAAGAGAGGGGAAAUGGGCAAUUCAAAGACUGAAGACUAACAAAACAAACAUCACAUUCAAAAGGUCAGCAGGAGGACUGGCCAGACAGCUUCUGCGGGGGAUGUGAUGAGCCAGCUCAAAUAUUUGGAACCCGGGCAAUAUUUGAAACAGCUGAACAUAGUGCAAACAGAAGCAUGAAAAUCAGAAACUCAGCGAGAUGGCAAAGAUUUGACCAUCGAAACAAGCUUCCACGAGCAUAAGCAGAAAACACAUUCGGAGAAAUAUUGGAGAAACCAGUGAAUAGCGGGGGAUAUAAGAAAUGAGGGGCUUUCAAAAACGUAUGUUUUCCAGAUGGUCGUUCCAACCGAAGUGAUUUCCAUCGACAAUGCAAUUGACAAACUCAUCGACGGGCUCAUGUACUUGGAAAUCAAAGUUGACGAUUUCCGCAGUUGUGCGUAUAACCCGCCAAAGUCGGAGUACAAAAAAUUAACGGAUUUAUUGGACCAGCAUUCAAUGAUUGGCAUGGUCGACAAAAUUGGAGUGAGUCAGCCUUUUGCAGUUAUUGAAGAACAUUUCUUUGCUUUCAGCCAAUGCCAAACUGGCCGAUUCGGCAACUAUCACACAAAGAAAUGAAAGCUUACCACAAGAGCGAGCAAGAACUGCCACUGGCACCGGAAAGGUAAGCGCUAAAACUGAAACGUUUUGUUUCCAAAGUAAGUUGUUUUCAGAAAGAAUUGGUUUGUAUACGACAUUUUGACAUCAGUGGAGUACGCCAAAACAUUUAUGUUCAUUCAUCAAAUAGAAAGAAAUGAUCAGGUACGGAAUGACUAGUUUCAAAGUACAAAAGCUCAUUUUGCAGAUUCUUCUUCUCCGCGCAGUUGUUCUGAAAUUGAUGAACCUCAACCAAUCGUUCUACUCGUAUGAGAACAAGUUCGAUAUGAUUCUUCACCCGGAUGGCACGUUUCCACCUCUUAUGAGAUCUGAAAACCCACAAGACAAUGAGGAAUGGGAACACGAUGAGAAGCACCACCACCACCCUUUUCAACCAAAACGGACGCCAGAGGAAAUCAGAGAAGAGAUGACUUCUUCAAUCCGAGCGUUUAUGAUGUACAACCUGGACAAGAAGGAGUACGUGCUCUUCAAGGCAAUCACGCUGUGCAAUGCAAGUGAGUAGUUUUAAAAGUUGAUAGAAACAUCAGGUGUUUUUGAAUUCUUGGUGAUUGAACCCAUUGAGCAAUGCUGAAAAUAUAAUAAAACAUCUACUUUCUUGCAAAACCGAAUUUCAGCUAUCCAUGGGCUGAGUGACCACGCAAGAGAAGUCGUCUCACGAGAGAAGGAAAAGUACAGUCAAGCUCUUCUCAAGUACUGCCUGGCCAAUAGGGGAAUGCAAGGACCUUCUCACUACGCCUCGAUAAUUGCUCUCAGCAACGGACUGGACAGCCGCCAGAAGAACCAGAAAGAUUUUCAUCUAAUUAUGAAAAUAAUCAAUGGGAAAAAAGCGCACGAUCUCGUUGAUGAUGUCAUGGAGGACGCCCAGUGA